AUGCGCAUAUGCGCCAGCGUGGGCGGGUUGAACGACGAAUCCAGCACGACGAGACUCCUCACCCGCCGCGGCGGCCAUCCCUCCCUCGGUGGCCGCGGCGACGCGUCGUCGUGGUCUGCUGUCCGUCGGGGCAGGGUGCAGACUACGCGGAACGCAUCUUUGGAUGACUGGAACGUCGAGAUGCUGCGGGAAAACAAGUCGACAAGGACGGCACGGCUGGACAUGGCCGGUUUUGGGGCGCUCUUGGAUGACAUGACGUAUUAA